GGCGCGCUGGACCGCACAAUGGGAUUCUUGUUCGUGGGCGAUCCGUUUUCCACCAUUUCACCUUAUAAUGCUAUGUGGUCGCACUACCCAUCCGUUCUCCCGACCAAUGUGGGUCUGUUCGCCUCGCAAAACGGAACGAAACCGAUCGAGUAUUUGGUCCGCACCGGCGCGGAUGAUAUCAUGAAGGUGGGCUCGAUUAUCGAGGUGGAUGGCGAAACCGUUUAUGCACACAGUUCCACGCGCUCAAAACAUUUGGUGAAACAGCUGGAGCGUGCCGGAGCGGGUAACCCUUCUGCCAGUCCAUUAAAGGCGUCCACUGCAUCAAUUGGUAACUCAUAUCAGAUUCCACGCAUCAUGCGCCUCACACUUUGGAACAAAAAGUCAUACAGAGCCAGCGAAUUGAAUGUGUGGGAUCACAGAGAGGCUAAUCUGAUCAACGGAAGCGACGGCAGCUCUGCUCCACCGGGCAUGAAAGUUGGAUCGGUUGUGAAUUUCUACAUCAAGGACAUUUGUCGUUCCGUUGUCUCCUACGCGGUGGCAAAAACACAUGCGAUUAAUCGUCCAGAUUUGGAGCUUCUGGUCUUCUCAGGUUCACCUCCGGAUCCGCGGGAUCCGACAAGUGAUUGGCGUGAGCGCAUGUUUUGUAAAUCGGGAUUCGGUUGCCCGCCGAAAGGGUUGCUCGCCUUGCAUCCCUGUUUGGCCGCGGCUGGUGAUGCUGUGCCACUGUACAUCUCUCAACCGUACUUCCUCGGCGCAGAUCCGCGGAUCGCUCAAGCCUUCGAUCAAUUCCCAGACCCCAUUCCCGAACGGCACUCCACAUGGAUACACAUCGAACCGACCACCGGAUUUAUUUUGGAGGCAUUCAAACGUAUCCAAUUCAAUUUACUGAUGCAAAAUCGAGAUCCGGUUUUCAAAAAUAUGUCCGGUCCGUAUUACUUCCCUAUCGGCUGGGUGGAGGAGCGUGCCAUCGCGGAUAAGGACACGUUGGAUUUGCUCUACAACAAAUUGUUCGUCCCGCGAAAAACAAUCCCAUUCAUUCUGUCCAUUAUCGGUGCGGUGUCCACACUGAUCUCCAUUCUCCUGAUCGUACUCCUGAUCACGUUCAGUCGAAGACAGUCCAGUCUGGCACGAGCCAAACGAAACGGGGGCAAAAAACAUGCUCCCACAACGACCAGUGUGAAUGUGGACAACAAGCUGGGACUGAGCGAUCGUGUACAGAUCAUCCAACCCAAUCAGAAUGCGUCAGCACCGCCGGAGCAACGGUCAACCGGGCCAGUUCCAGAUACUCAGGGUUCACUUCGUCAGACUAAAGAUGGCGAUAUGGCUUCAAUGUGGAUGAACUGA